AUGGAUUGUUUCGACUUUGAUAACGUAAAAGCAGAGAAGGCAAAGGCGAUGCAGAGGUCUCUUCGUCUUCAAAAGAUGGCAAACUUGUUCCUGUACGUCGAGGUAUGCAUAGCUCUGCUCUUACUCUCCUGGUUUUCCACUCGUCUCCCCUUUGCUGUCAGAAUCUCCGGUGAGUAUUUUCGAGAGCUAUGUCUAGUCCUGGUCAGCCCUUGCUUCGUCUUCUUGGCAGGCAACGCCAUCAUACUCACUCUCUUCGCCAAAUCCGGCAAGUUCUCCGCCCUAGGCCUGAGCCCCAACACCUCCAGCACCAAUGAUAUCUACGACGAGUUUGUAUACAAGGACAAAGAGAUGGUUUACCAAGAAGAGAAAGUGAACAGUGAUAUCAUUCUAUAG